AUGUCAGACCAAGAAAGCAGGGACAGUUACGGGAGUGAUGACAAGACGUUUGAGGAGAACGAAGACGGGAUGAUUUUGGAGGCCGCAGAGUCUGAAGGUCUGCACAGACUCCCGGAAAAAGAGGCAGAAAAAAGGUUCACUUCCCCCAUUAUGACAAAGUUUGAGAGGGCGAAGAUACUCGGAAUCCGCGCCCAGCAGAUAAGCAUGUCCGCCCCCAUCAUGGUGGAGUACGGAGAUGAGACAGACCCCGUGGAAAUUGCCAAGAAGGAGCUCAAGGAAAAGAAAACGCCGCUGAUAGUUCUCCGGAGGCUGCCAGACAACACGUACGAGAAGUGGGCGGUUAAGGACCUUAUAAAUUUCUACGACUGA